UGAGCUUGGAAAGUAAAUGCAAUACCUGGCAACAACCGGCUGUAGUUCAGUCACAACAAUAGUGUCGAGCGAGUCGGGGCUUACUGUCAUAAACUGUUGACACUUUAUCGAGUUUAUAACAGAUAUUUCCCCAGUAUAAAACCAGGAGAUUUUAGUUUCCUGUUUGUGUUGUUCAGCGAGCUGAGCGCGGUGAGCUGUCCGGUGGCGGCGCGCUGAUCUGGGGACAGUGCAGCGGUAAACAUGCCCAUGUCUGUGAGUAAAGCGUGCCGGAGUCUGGCGCUCUCCACCUGGCUGCUGUCGUUCUGUUUCGUGCACUUGCUGUGUCUGGACUUCACCGUGGCCGAGAAGGAGGAGUGGUACACCGCAUUCGUCAACAUCAGCUACCAGGACCCGGCCACCGCCGAGCUGAAGACGGAGAAGACCGAGAGCGGCCGCUACGGCGAGCACUCGCCCAAAAGAGAGGCCCGGGGCCCGGUGUUUAUCCCGCUGCCCGGCCACGACCGACAGGCCUGUGACUCCAGCACCAGGUUCCCCACACCUCAGCCUGCACACGGGCCCUGGAUAGCGCUCAUAGCCAGAGGAAACUGCACAUACAAAGAGAAAAUCCGCCACGCAGCAAGUCUUAACGCCACCGCUGUGGUCAUCUAUAACGUGGGGUCGAGUAACACUAAUGACACCAUCACCAUGCCUCAUCCAGGAACAGGAGACGUGGUGGCCAUCAUGAUCCCAGAGCCAAAAGGGCGAGAUAUCGUCGCAUUGCUGGAGAAGAACGUAAGCGUGAUCAUGCACAUCACCAUCGGCACUCGCAACCUGCAGAAGUACGUGAGCCGAACCUCCGUUGUGUUCGUCUCCAUCUCUUUCAUCGUGCUCAUGAUCAUCUCUCUGGCGUGGCUUGUUUUCUACUACAUCCAGCGGUUCCGUUACGCCAACGCACGCGACCGCAACCAGAGGCGACUGGGAGACGCUGCAAAGAAAGCCAUAAGCAAGCUCCAAGUGCGCACCAUCAGGAAAGGGGACAAGGAAACCGAGUCCGAGUUUGACAACUGCGCCGUGUGCAUCGAGGGCUACAAGGCCAACGAUGUCGUAAGGAUACUGCCGUGUCGACACGUGUUUCAUAAGAACUGCGUGGACCCGUGGCUGCAGGAGCACAGAACCUGUCCCAUGUGCAAGAUGAAUAUCCUUAAAGCUCUCGGCAUCCCGACGAACGCGGACUGCUCUGACGACGCCCCUCCUGACUACGAGCUGUCUGUCGGAGCUCCUCCUGCCAACCCUGUGUCCGGGGCCAGUGACGUGACCGUGAGCGAGAGUUCUGUGGCGCUGGACCGCCUGCCACACCUUCACCACGAGCCCGAGUCUCUCACACAGCUGGAAGUCGGCCCACGCAUCGCCAGCAGUGAACACCAGCCUCCUCUGAGCAGCGACUCGGACACGUCACUCAUCCUGCCGGUGGAAGUUAGCCUGUCUGACGUCGAGCUUUCUGCUGAAGCCGAGCAAGAAGAGGCCAAGUCCUGAGUGGCACAGCCUGGCUGCUGCAGAGGCACUGCUUUAGAGGGGGCUCCUAUGGAGCUAAAUAUGGACCAGGACCAGGACAGGGAGGAAAAAAAACAAAACAAAAAAAAAAGCAAAGAACAUAAGCAAUACUUUCUCCCAUAUGGUCUCAUUGAGUCAAUUCUUUUUUUUUCUCGCUCUCUCUGGUCAGACCAGGUCGCUCUCGAUGUCUCUUCUUUAUUAGUUUUGCAUUACCACAGUGGGGGAAAAAAGCACACAUGAGUACCAAGAUACCAGGUUUGACUGCACGGAAAUUCUGCCUUUCAAAUUUCUUAUGGGAUCACUGCCAAUAUUCACACGUAUAUAUCCCAGAAUGGAUCUUUUAUAUAUACACGAGUAUGUAUAGCUGUGACCAGCCUACUGAAUUUUGUGUCCGAAGCAGUCUGAGCGCAGUCCAGUCAACCGAAUAGAAAAAAAAAACAUUGUGUGGCAUCUCAAGAGCUUCCUCGAGACGUCACCAGUGCUCGCCUUUCUAGAAUUUUUUUAAUCCGGCUGCGUCAGACAACGCUUUUACCUUCUGCGUGGUUCGUUUUGAGAAGCACAACCAUCAUCGCCUGAACGAUCCGUGCGUGAGAAAUGUAGAUUAUUCCAGCAGCGUUUCAUUCACUUUGCUUAUUAUUGAGAACGUUAACUUAAAGACAGUUCGCUUGCUAUACGUAUGGUUUCUCCGUCCGCGUUCCUCGUAAACAGUGUGAACUUCGCUUGUAGGGAUUGUGUCUUCUGAAGUGCCACUUGAGCUCGUGAAGCUGAGUUUUCCUCCUCGAGUGCAUCCUGUCGUGCCAUAUAAGAAAGGCAGGUCUUUUAUUCAGAGUGAGGAUGAACAGCAUUCAUGAUGAAUGUUUUCUUCUUUCUUUCUUUUUUUUUUUCUUCACCCCCACAUCUGAGGAUUUUCAGUACAAGCACCAGACCGAGUCGUCUUCUCCUUCUUUCCAAAGUGUCCUCACUCGCCCUAGUCUCCUUUCCUCCUCACAGAUGUCGGGCUUAAAGCCCUCAACCAAAUAUGUUUGAAUCGUAACUUCAUUUAAUACGCGAGCGUCUCGGCGGGUUGCUCUUUUCCAGCACGAAAGCGUGAGAAAGCAUCAGAUUCAUUGUAGAUUAACGUUACAAGGUCAUUUUCUACUGCACAUUACAUACAGGAAGAGCAGAUGUCUACAGAAUGACUUUUAUUUUAAUAUCAAAGUUUUAUUUUUCUAAAAAGAAGAAAAAACAUUCUAAGAAAUGAAUAGGCCCUGUUUACAGUCGGGAAGGAGAUCAGUCAGAAAACGAGAAAGUUUCCCAUUUUUUCGUUUCAUCAUCCAAAGGUAGUGUUAUUUAUUGUGCAUCUACACACACUUUUAAUGUAUAAAAACGCGUGCUCUGAAUCCGUAGCCAUGUCCUCGUUUUAAUUCAAGCCUGGGUUUAAGUCCAGCAUUCACACGCGUUUAUUUCAUGAGGAAUCUUCUUCAACAUCAGGCUCACGGUUACAACCAUCCCUGACGCACAUCGGUAUGUUUUAUAAUCCUACAACAAAAGCAAGUGUUUCCUGCCUUGUCAGAGCUUUUUUUGUGCGCUGUUGUGUAAUUUCCACAUAGGCCUCUCAAACCACAAUGUAUAUGACUGACUGGAAACUUGAUGUUAUUAUUUUAUACAGAAUAAGUGCUGAAAGGACUUGCAGGGAGGCGUGCAGGGAGGCGUGCAGGGAGGCGUGCAGGGAGGCGUGCAGGGAGGAGCCAUGCAUGCAGGGAGGAGCCGUGCGUGCAGGGAGGAGCCGUGCGUGCAGGGAGGAGCCAUGCGUUGGCAGUAUCAGUCUAUUAAACUCUGAGAAAUUUCCCCAGUUAGCCCCCUGGCAUUUAUUUUUUUCAGUAGUGUAAAACCUUUCUUUUUAGAGAGGCUGUAGCAUUAAAUUACACUGCAGCUCAUUGGCUGGCGAUGAUGUGACUGGAACAGGUGGCAUAAACGGGCUAACAGGGCAAUGUGUUGUCUGGAGUCUGCGGUAUAGAGUGAGGGAGUGUGGGGUCAGGAGUUUAGUGUGAGGGAGCAUGGGGUCAGGAGUUUAGUGUGAGGGAGCGUGGGGUCAGGAGUAUAGCGCAAGGGAGCGUGAGGUCAGGAGUGUAGCGCGAGGGAGCAGGAGUAUAGUGCGAGGGAGCGUGGCGUCAGGAGUGUAGCACGAGGGAGCGUGGCGUCAGGAGUAUUGAGCGAGGGAGCGUGGGGUCAGGAGUAUAGCGCGAGGGAGCGUGGGGUCAGGAGUGUAGUGCAAGGGAGCGUGGGGUCAGGAGUAUUGCGCGAGGGAGCGUGGGGUCAGGAGUAUUGAGCGAGGAAGCGUUGGGUCAGGAGUGUAGCGCGAGGGAGCGUGGGGUCAGGAGUAUUGAGCGAGGGAGCGUGGGGUCAGGAGUAUUGAGCGAGGGAGCGUGGGGUCAGGAGUGUAGCGCGAGGGAGCGUGGGGUCAGGAGUGUAGCACGAGGGAGCGUGGGGUCAGGGGUAUAGAGCAAGGGAGCGUGGGGUCAGGAGUGUAGCACGAGGGAGCGUGGGGUCAGGGGUAUAGAGCAAGGGAGCGUGGGGUCAGGAGUGUAGCACAAGGGAGCGUGGGGUCAGGAGUGUAGCGCGAGGGAGCGUGGAGUCAGGAGUAUUGAGCGAGGGAGCGUGGGGUCAGGAGUGUAGCGCGAGGGAGUGUGGGGUCAGGAGUGUAGCGCGAGGGAGUGUGGGGUCAGGAGUGUAGCGCGAGGGAGUGUGGGGUCAGGAGUGUAGCGCGAGGGAGCAGGAGUAUAGCGCGAGGGAGAGUGGGGUCAGGAGUGUAGCGCGAGGGAGCGUGGGGUCAGGGGUAUAGAGCAAGGGAGCGUGGAGUCAGGAGUAUUGAGCGAGGGAGCGUGGGGUCAGGAGUGUAGCGUGAGGGAGCGUGGGGUCAGGAGUGUAGCGUGAGGGAGCGUGGGGUCAGGAGUGUAGCGUGAGGGAGCGUGGGGUCAGGAGUGUAGCGUGAGGGAGCGUGGGGUCAGGAGUGUAGAGCGAGCCUGGAGUCAGGAGACUGGAGACUAGAGCGUAUGGUCUGGACUCAGGAGCCCAGGAAUUUAUAUACACACGUGUGUGCGUUCAGAAAAACAACCCUUGUAAUUGGAGGAGAAAGACAGAAGAUUGUAGCAUCUUUCAAAUAUCCAUCAUUUCCACUAAUACACCAUGCAUCACAUCCCACAAUGCUGUAUUGAUCUCGAACACAUUUGCUCCAUCUUCAUGCUUCGAUUGCGAAUGUUUUUGAGGUUGGUUUGUAAGAGUCGGGACUCAUUUAGCAACAAUUCAUGUAAAUGGGGUCUCGAUCAGCGUUCAGUGGUUUCAGUGAUAAUGGAGUAUAAUCAGUGACCCUGCGAACCGAUAUAGCAGGUCACCUUGCUUUUUUCUGACUGAUUAAAGGCCUCAUAUUUUAUAAAUGAAACCAGAAAUACCCCUGCGACUUUUCUUAUACUGUGGCAUCUGUUACUAAAUGCAAAUUUGUUGUAAAUUAAAUGUAAGAAAAGGUAAUUUACCAAAGUCUGAUUUAUAUUAGCCACUACACAACUUUCAGAAUCUCAGGCGCUCUGAGAUUUUCGCACAACAUGCCCUGGUCGGCAUUAAAAAUCAGGUCGUGAAACAAUCGCGUUUACGUUUUUUCAUACCUAGACGGAUUAUAAAUUGGAUUCAGGUAUCUGAAGCAUGAGAUCAUAU